GCAUUCCCAUUGCAGUUCCGAUAGCAACGCAUGAUUCAAAGAAACCGCCACAAAGGGCAGUGAAUGGAAGCGGAGGAGUCGAACGCGGCAGCACCUCCACGCGUAGACCAAAAGGCUGUCGCGGAGGGGCUGCAGCGCUGCGUAUAGACCGAGCAAGCCUUCAGAUUUCGGAUUUUGGUCUGCGGCUUAUGGUUACGGCGGGUAAUAUUUUUUCAAGAUUGAAUGUGGGUUGAAGUGCGUUGUCACCGUUGUUUGGUUCCUAUUUUUCAGUCAUUGUUCACGAUUUCUGUGGACGGAGACGCAAGUCAAAAAAGUUCAGUGGAGUGAGUAUACCAGAAACAAGGAGAAGGAAGGAGACAUAAGAAAGAAGAGGAUAUGCGUCCUUUCUUUGGCUGCAGCGCCUCCCUCGCUGUCGUACGAAGACGCUUAUCCGUGAGGUAAGGGGACCCUUGCGAAUGAUAGUCCUGCAAGACCGCGCCACUAUUAUGCCCAGCGGCGUCGGGAUGAAGAAAGAAGCGCGUCGCGCGCAGCAGCAGCGGGAGCAGUACCGUGAAGAGCGCCGGUAAUAUUCGGCCGGGCGCUCGAGACCGGAGCCGCGUUAUACCGAAGAGAGAAAGCUAUAGUCUAAAGGCAAUUAGCGCAGUGAAAACCAAGGGCACGGGCCAUCCCAAGAAGACCAUCGCUGGUUACUUAACUCAUUAGACAAUCAUGGACAUGCAGGCUCCCAAUGUUUAUGCAGCUAUUCCUGGCAUGCCAGAGCUUGGCAUGGUCUGGAUGGGAGACAUGAUGGUUCAUAACGAUCCAACACAAGAACUUAUGAUAGAUCCCAGACAAGCAGAAAGCUCAUUUUAUUCUCAUGGACCUCAUUCUUUUGAUGAUAUAAGAAAUCAUCAAAUUCCACCAACUACUAUGGUGCGAUAUUUGGCUCCACAAUUUCAUAAUGAAUGUUCGGAAUCAGAAGAACCCAUGGAAGGUGUGGAUGUUCAAGAUAUUCAACAAGAGUAUGAUCAAACUGAUGGACAAGAAAUGAAUGAAUAUCUUGGUCUGGAAGAUUAUACGGUCGAUGAAGAAAGAGAGCAAGUAGUGAGUAAUGCAGCCACACAAACACAAGAUAUUCGAAAUCGUAAAAUUAAACCUAUUAAGCAUCCAGGCUUAGUUUUAAAAACACCGAUAGCAUACCAACCUCAUACAGAUUUAAAUUUCAUACCAAUUCGGAAAGAUGGUAUAGCUGUUUGUGAAAAGUGUGGUGCUAUUGGAGUAAAACACGCUUUUUAUACAAAAGAACGACGAUUUUGUAGUCGAGCAUGUGCUCGAUCCUCAGAGCAUACAGCACCUCAUGCAGAUUCAACUUAUAGUCCAACUCAUUCCAUAGAGCAAAAUGUAGAUAUUAAUUUAUCAAAUGAUGUAAAACCAUUGAGUAAGAUAUCUAUAAAAGAAGAAGUUAUUCAACCUAAGGAGCAGAUAAAAAAAGAGAAAAUAAAAGCAAUAAUACCAGCUGAACCAGUUAUGCCAGAAGAAUUGCCUGUCAGAAGAAAACGUACCGCUGAAAUGGCUGGAUCGUAUGAUUGGACACCUCAAUUAAAAACACCUGGUUUUUGUGCAGCUCCUGUUUCAUGUUUUAAACAUGCCCCGAUAUCGGAAAUAUGGGAUAAUAUAUCAGUUGGUAUGAAAGUAGAAGUAGAAAAUACUGACUGCGAUGAGGUUUGUGAAGCCUUUCCAGAUUCGUUUUGGGUAGCAACUGUUCUUCGUAUAUCUGGUUAUAGAGCUCUAUUAAGAUAUGAAGGCUUUGGUCACAGUGUUGAAAAGGAUUUCUGGGUCUCUCUUUGCUCAAAUGAUAUACAUCCUGUUGGUUGGUGUGCAACUAUAGGAAAACCACUCAUUCCACCAAAUACAAUAGCUAAUAAAUAUAAGGAUUGGAAGGAUUUUCUUAUGCGUCGACUAACAGGAGCUCGAACUCUCCCAACCAAUUUCUAUAGUAAAGUUAAUGAUAGUAUGAAAUCUCGCUUUCGUUGCGGCUUGCAUCUCGAGGUUGUUGAUAAAAAUCGUAUCUCUCAGGUGAAAGUAGCUACCAUUCAAAAAAUUGUAGGUAAACGUUUACACGUGCGUUACUAUGACUCGUCACCAGAGGAUAAUGGAUUCUGGUGCCACGAAGAUUCGCCUCUCAUUCAUGCAGUUGGUUGGGCGAAACAUAUCGGUCAAACCUUAGAUGCAUAUCCUGAAUAUUUACAACGCAUAGAAAUGGAAAAAUUAAGUGAGGAUGAUGCAAAGAGUGACCUUUUCUACGUGACCAAGAAUCAUUUGGCGCACUAUGGAUAUACUUUUCGGGAAGGAAUGAAAAUUGAAGCAAUUGAUCCACUGAAUCUAUCAGCCAUAUGUGCAGCUACAGUUAUGCAAGUACUGAAGGAUAGUUACAUUAUGAUAAGAAUCGACAGUUAUGAUGAAGAUACAAGUGGCUCUGAUUGGUUCUGCUAUCAUUCAUGUUCGCCUUGUAUUUUUCCGGUAGGAUUUUGUGCACAACACGGUUUACCAUUGACGCCACCAAAAGGGUACGAUCCAACGACGUUCACUUGGGAUUCUUAUCUAGAAGAGACUAAUACCAUACCUGCCCCAGCAGAACUUUUUAAUCGAGAAAUCCCGCAGCAUGGAUUUAUAGAGGGUAUGAGAUUAGAAGCUGCAGAUUUAAUGGAUCCUCGAUUGGUUUGUGUAGCAACAAUCACUAGAGUAAUUGGCAGAUUGCUAAGGGUUCAUUUCGAUGGAUGGGAAGAUGAGUAUGAUCAAUGGUUAGAUUGCCAAAGUCCUGAUAUCUAUCCAGUUGGAUGGUGUGACUUAGUUGAUCACAAAUUGGAAGGACCACGAGUACAUACAAAAAAUACUAGCCCUACAGUAAAAUCACCGAGAGGCCUUAAACGUAAGGGUAAACGAAAAUUAAGAAAAGUCGUCGGUAAUAAGCCCGCCUACGCGAAGAAUAUAUUACCACGUCAAUUGGAGCAACAGCAACAAACGAAUAAUCAACAUCAGCAGCAACAACAGCAGCAACAGCGUCGGUUGGCACGCGAACAUUAUGAUAGACAAUUAGGACCUACUCAAGGUACGAAAAUUGAACGCGAACGUGGUGAUCUUGAAAGCAGCAUACCUGAACAGGCUACAGCAAGAGAACCAGAACCAGCACAAGAGCCCGCGGGCCCGGAUCAAACUCUGCCUAGUCCAACCAGUGGCCAAGGACAAUCAACAAGCGACUCCCAAAAUGACCUUCAAGGUCCACCACCACCCAAGGAAAGGACUGCUACAUCCUACAUAAACGUGACUGCUACAAGUAGCAAAUACAUCCCAAGACUGGCAGAUGGUUUGCAAAAAAAUUCCGAGCUAGGAGAAUUGGUGCCAGUUGAAUGGAACGUCUUCGAUGUAGCCCAAUUUUUACGUGUUAAUGAUUGCGCUACAUACUGCGACAAUUUCAGCAAACGGAAGAUUGACGGUAAGAUGUUGCUAACCCUCACCAAGGAUCAAAUUAUUGACCUUACUGGUUUUAAAGUCGGACCGUCAUUAAAAAUCUUCGAUCUCAUACAGCAGUUGAAAAUCAAAGUGAACCCCGCUCAAGAAAGGUUAAAACUAGGACUAAAAAAAAUAUUGUAACGAUUAGUAGUUAUAAUUAUUUAAAAGGGAUUUUGUACUAAAAGUA